AAAGGGAUCGUGUUACGAAUUCACAUAUUUUUGUCAGUGCUUUAAACGUUAUUUUAGUUCCAGGCGAUAAUUUCAGUUCUGUUCCUCUGAAAGUGCCCUAAACAUUUUUAGUUUCUUCUGAACAAAAUGUGUUAUUUCACGUGGCUUUUCUCGCGGAGCAUAAUUUAUACGUUUUGACCUUUUUUAAGGUCAGACGCAAAAAUACUUUCAUCUGUUUUGGCUGUUUUCAGGAUGUUUUUUGUUAGUUAUUAAUUUGUUUUAUUUACGCGUCAGUCUAACUUAAAAUACAUGUCAAGACGAAUGAUUGAGCGUCUAAUAUUGCGUCCGCAAUAUACAUGAAAGUAUUUUUUGAUGCGUUAGUACGCCGUGUUAACGUAUUCGAAUAGUGUGAAGCAUAAUCGAGCUUGCAACGUGCAUUGGUUAACGUAAUCGAAUCGUUACAAUGCUAACAUAAACUGAAACAUGGUCGAACAUGAAAGACGCAUUCAUAACGUAACGUAAGUGAAGUAUCGUCACUGCGGUCCGAUUGGAUACGUUUUGUAGAUUUGUUAUGGCAACUCGAACGCCGGUUCCUACCCCGAGACGGAGCCACAGAACCAGACGGCCUCCGAAACGCUACGAAGAUGGCAUAGUGGAUCUGCCUACGAUGGAAAACAUCCAUCAGAGAAUAACUGACGAUGAAGAUCGCGCAAGCGAAACAACUUCAGCGAUCACCAGCGUGUCAGCAACCUCUCGUUGCUCUGUGCUCUCCGCUAGAGCUGCGGCACUCCGUGUGGAGCGCCUGCGUCAAGAACAUGAGCUACAGAGGCGCAGUGAAGAAGCCGCGCGCGCUCUAGAGCUGCACAGAGCGUGCAGCGAGCUCGAGCUGGCUACCCUCGCGGAGAAGGAGCUGGGUCAGGCCCGUCAGGAACGUGCCACGCGAACUGACCUCGAGUCGCCUCAACCAGCUCAUCUACCGGCUGCGCUUGUCCCGCCUCGUCCUGAGCGUGAACAAAACGAUGCCGAGCUGGAGCAAUGUCAAACUGAACAGCUCGCUUGUACGAAUCAGCAAUCACCUACAGCUGCUCCCGUGGUCACUGCUCCGACGCACGUGACGAUCAGCCAGCCUCCAAAGAUGGAUAUUCUCGCCUUCGACGGCCGUGCUGAGAGAUAUCCGUUUUUCAAGAUGCAGGUGAACGAAGCCCGUGAUAGCGGCAACUUCACAGACCUCCAGAUCACGCAACAUCUGCGCGAGAGACUCCGAGGAGAGGCAUUUGAGGCCGUGCACGGGACGCUCCUCUCGGGAGGCUCUCUUAGUCGGAUCCUACACGUGCUGGAGAGCCGCUUCGGUAAUCCGUUCUUGAUCACGCACGCUGUAACUGAAAAGGUGAUGAAUCGUCCGAAGGUGCGCAGCAACGAUGUGAGAGAUUUAAGUCAGUUCUGUGCCGACAUAUACAACACAUUAUCGAUUUUAGAGGCGGUCGGCUACGAGUCUGAGCUGGACAAUUACAGCACUCUGUCCACUCUCGUCGAAAAACUCCCUCAAGAGAGUCAGCUGGGAUGGGGUGCCUUCGCUCGUGCCCAGAUAGAAGCAGGACACCCACUCACCUGCCGGCUGCUGUACGAGUACAUAAACUCUCACUUGAAAGACCGACAAUUUGGAGCGCCAAAAACACAGCGACCUGAAAAGGCUUCUCGACAGAGGAGCUACGCCACAUCUAAAGUGGAUGAUCCGCAGAAGAAGCGAGAGCAGCGCGCACGCAAAACGACUGACUGCAAUCUCUCUUGCUUCUACUGCAGCAAACCGCACUGGAUUGCGCGGUGCGACUCAUUCCGUGGACUGAGUGUUGAAGAGAGGUGGCGGUGGACAAAGGCAAACGAGUGCUGUCUACGGUGUCUCAGCACGGAACACAAGACUACGGCUUGUCAUCGGAUGCAGUCCUGCGGAAUCGAAGGAUGUCAGGAUGAGCAUCACCGUCUUCUUCAUCGACCGGCUGCCGGCAAAGCUCAGAUGGUCGGAGUUUUGUCUGAUGGACGCAAGUACGCGACCAUGAUGAAAACUGUCACAAUCGACGUAACAGGACCCAGCAAAACGAGACGCUGUGUCGCAUACCUCGACGAGGGCAGCUCCGUCACUCUGAUGUCUCAGGCUCUGGCAGACGAGAUAGGGUGCCAGGGACGACAGCAGUGCCUCAGAAUGAAAACGAUGUCAGGCAUUUCAGAUCAGGAAGCAAUGCUAGUUGACGUCAAAGUCGGAAACGUGAAAACUGGCAAAAUUCAUCAGUUGAAUGAUGUCUUUGUCAUCUCGACUCUGGAACUGGACAAAAAUCCUGUGCCGAUGAAAACCAUGGAGAGAAAGUUUCAUCUGGUGAAACAGCUGAACUUACCUGACAUCGAUGAAGAGCCCCAAAUCUUGAUCGGACUCGAUAAUGCUGAACUGAUCUCGACGCGGGAGCUGUUGAGAACGACCAAGAAUGGACCCAUCCUGCAGAGAACUGAGCUGGGCUGGACCGUCACCGGUCGAGUCGUGACGGCCACUGAUGUGUCACGCCAGUCAGUGCAGUUCAUCCGUGAAGGAGUGAGCCGCGAACUAGAUGAUCUAGUGAAGUCUACAUGGACGACAGAAUCAUUUGGCUGUAAGUUUCAGCGGAACGAUGCGUACAGUCCAGAAGAUCAGGCAGCCGAGCAGAUCCUGGACAAAGAAGUGCACCAUGACGGAAUCCGUUGGACGGCACCACUGCUUCGAAAGAAUGGUGCUGAAACGCUUCCUGAGAGCCGGAAAAUGGCGGAGAAAAGAGCGAUAUCUUUCGAACGCAAGCUGGAUCGCUCUGCAAAAAACGAAGUCGAAGGGCAGCCGACGUUUGCUAAGAUGUGCUACGAGCGCAUCGACAAAAUGGAAAGCGAUGGUCACAUACGAAAACUGUCGACAGAAGAAGCAGCGCAAGAGCCACCGAACACGUGGUACCUACCGCUUCUUGCGGUGACCAACGCAAACAAGCCUAACAAGGUCAGACUUGUGCUGGACGCCGCAGCUAGAAGCCACGGCAAAUGUCUAAAUGACUUUCUCAUGCGAGGACCGGACUACUUCAAUUCGAUUCCUGGCAUUCUCCUUCGCUGGCGAGAAAAGCCAAUCGGAAUCACUUCGGACGUGGUCGCAAUGUUCAGCCAAAUUCAGGUGGAGCCGUCAGACCGAGCCAGUCUUCGUUUUCUCUGGCGCGGUCGACGUCGUGAAGGACCAUUCGAUACGUAUGAAUCGAAUACGGUCAUCUUCGGGUCCAAGUCGUCCCCCAGUACGGCUGGGUACUGCUUUCGAAAGACGGGUCAACUGUUUGGCAAAGAUAACCAUGAUGUUGUAGCCGCCAUCCUCCAUGACACCUACGUCGAUGACGUUAUCACUGGCGCUGAGACCAGCGAGAAGGCGUCAGCCCUCAUCCGGGACCUCACAUCUACCCUCAGAUGUGGAGGCUUCGAGCUCGGACCGUGGGCAUCAAAUUCAUCAGAGGUUCUUGAAGCUCUCCAACCUGUGCUUCGUGCCUCCGGAGACGUCAGUCUCGGCGAUAAAAGCAUGGCACAACGGGCCUUGGGAAUAAUAUGGACCCCAGAAACUGAUGAAAUCAUCUACAAGGCCAAGCCGGCACCAGAAACAGUCACAAAACGGACAGUGCUCUCUCAUGUCAUGUCCGUCUUCGAUCCUCUCGGUUUCCUGUCCGGGUGGCUACUCACUGUGCGGGUUCUGCUGCAACAGCUGUGGAAGCAGGAGCUUGGCUGGGACACUCCGAUUCCCGACCAGUGGGAGAAACCGUAUUAAGAUUGGACGCGAGAGCUCGAACAAAUCAACCAGAUCCGAAUCCCAAGACACAUGUUUGAUCAUGAGGCCGGCAUCGACAGCGUUGAAGUGCAUGUUUUUUGCGACGCCAGCCAAAAGGGAUUUUGUGCUGUACUCUACUAUCGGUGGAUACAGGAGAAUCAUUUCAGAGUCAGCUUCGUGGCCGCGAGGUCGCGUGUAGCUCCGGCAAAGACGCUCACGAUCCCUCGGCUAGAGCUACAGGCCGCCGUUUUGGCAACAAGACUAGCAGAGACCGUGAAGCUGGAAACUCGACUAAAAGUGACAAAAACCACUCUCUGGUCAGAUUCCAGAAACGUCCUGGCGUGGAUUAAAGCAGACGACCGCCGAUAUCACGUGUUCGUCGCAAACAGAGUCACUGAAAUUCGUGAGUCGACCAGCCCUGACCAGUGGCGCUAUGUGCCGUCAGAGCUAAACGCUGCAGACGGCGGUUCACGAGGCCACGCCCUCGAAGAUCUUCGAGGAAAUGGUCCAUGGAUGUCUGGCCCCGAUUUCCUCCGUACCCCGGAAGAGGAGUGGCUUUGGGACAGCACGACAUCAGUCGCAGAGACGCUGCGGAACGACCCAGAAACGAAACUGGUGUGUGCGUCAUCUGCCAAAACAAGCACAGACGUUCGACAGGCCAUGCCAGACCCAGCGCGUUUUUCACGCUGGUCAGUCGCCGUCCGCACUGUUGCGGUGAUCCUGCGCUGGAGAAACAUCGUCUUGAAACGUAAGCGAGAAGAAGCCGCCGAGUUCAGCGAAGCUGAGACGAUGUGGAUGAAGCUGGUCCAGAGGGAGAAGUACGCCUCUGAUUUACAGGACAUGCAGAGAGGCGUGCCGUUAGCAAGCACGAGCGCCUUGAACGGCUUCUCUCCGGUGCUGAAGGACGGACUGAUCUGCUUCGACACUCGAACGAAGCGCUGCCCUCACAUCGAUAACACAGCUCGGUAUCCACCGAUCCUGCCUCGUGACCACCCGUAUACACAACUUCUGAUACAGCAUCUGCAUGAAAAAAUGGGUCACAGAGCACAUGACGCGGUGUUGGUGGAGCUCCGACAGAGGUGCUGGGUGCCUCAAGCCGCUCGAGAAAUUCGAAAAGUGGCCGCAAGGUGCCAGACUUGUCAGAACCGCAAAGUUCAGCCAUGCCAACCCAAGAUGGCUCCGCUGCCGACGCCGAGGGUCUCAAUGCUAGGAGGUGCCUUUUUGGCAACUGGUAUGGACUAUUUUGGUCCUCUACACGCUGUCCAAGGACGGACCACUAUGAAGCUGUGGGGAGUUAUAUUUCGAUGCUUCGCUACAAGGGCCGUUCAUCUCGAACUCGCGGAUCGGCUCGACACAGACAGCGCCCUCCUGGUUAUAUCUCGUUUCCAGGCCAGACGCGGCAACGUAAAGGAGAUGUGGUCAGACAAUGGCACAAACUUUAAGGGAGCAAGCAAAGAACUGGACGCAGCUCUCCGGAGUAUUGACCAGAAAACGAUGAAGGAGAAGUUGGGCAUUGAAGGCAUCAAGUGGCACUUCAAUCCACCUGGUGAUCCAGAGGCCGGAGGAGUGUGGGAAAGGCACAUCCGGACAGUGAAGCAGACCCUGAGUGCUUUGCUGAAUCAGCAGAAGCCGAGGUAUGAAGUCCUCGCGAUACUUCUCUGCGAGGUAGAGAAGGUGAUGAAUUCAACACCACUAUUCCAUGUUCCAGUGGAUCCAUAUGACGAAGAUGUUUUGACCCCUUAUCACUUCCUUAUCGGAAGAGCCACCCCGUCGUACCCGGUGGGAAUCAAUGGCGACGUGAAGUGUCUAAGAAAGCGGUGGCAGCAGGCUCAGCGGCUGGCUGAUCACUUCUGGAAAAGAUGGGUACGCGAGUACCUUCCGACACUGGCAAAACGUACCAAGUGGAGAAGGGAGGUUAGCAGCGUCAAGGUGGGGGAUGUCGUCAUCAUCGUCGAUCAUCAGCAUCCCAGAGGACUCUGGCCACGAGGAAUCGUGGAGAGGGUCUACGUGGGUGGAGACGGCAUCGUGCGCUCCGCCAUCAUCAAAACCGCUCACGGAAGGCUGCACCGGUCCGUGAGGAAGCUGGCUGUCCUGAACGUCUUGAAGAGGCCUGUACCAGACUGAUGGUGGUGCAAAGAUGAUGCUGAGGGCAAAGCUAGCGAAAGCUGAGAAUGUGAGACUGACAGGGCCAUCAAUCGACGUGGCACUUCUAACGCCUCGAGAUGCUGUCGAGGCUGUAAAUAUAUCGUGCGACGUGUGAUAUGUGAAUCGUUGUGAUGUUCUAGACGCGUUGGUCUAGAGAGGCCGGGAUGUUACGAAUUCACAUAUUUUUGUCAGUGCUUUAAACGUUAUUUUAGUUCCAGGCGAUAAUUUCAGUUCUGUUCCUCUGAAAGUGCCCUAAACAUUUUUAGUUUCUUCUGAACAAAAUGUGUUAUUUCACGUGGCUUUUCUCGCGGAGCAUAAUUUAUACGUUUUGACCUUUUUUAAGGUCAGACGCAAAAAUACUUUCAUCUGUUUUGGCUGUUUUCAGGAUGUUUUUUGUUAGUUAUUAAUUUGUUUUAUUUACGCGUCAGUCUAACUUAAAAUACAUGUCAAGACGAAUGA